GGGUGUCGUAAUUUAGCCAGUGGCCGAAUCUGAGCAGAUUCUCACAUUUUUGGUUGUGUCUUUGUCCUUGUCCUUGCUCCCGUUCCGCUGGAAAUCACGUUUUCAGAUGAAAUGGCGUCUGCAUCAGAGCUGAAGAUUGGUAAGAAACUCAACGAGGGAAAAACCAAAGAGAUCUAUGAGGUUCUGGACCAACCUGGUCACGUUCUGGUUCAGUCCAAGGACCAGAUCACUGCUGGAAAUGCCGCCCGUAAGGACCAGAUGGAGGGGAAGGCGGCCAUUUCCAAUAAGACGACCAGCUGUGUUUUCAAACUGCUCCAAGACGUUGGGAUAAAGACAGCCUUUGUGAAGCAGCAUUCGGACACGGCGUUUGUUGCGGCCUACUGUGAAAUGAUUCCCUUGGAGUGGGUGUGCAGGAGAGUGGCCACCGGCUCCUUUCUGAAGAGGAACCCUGGGGUGAAGGAGGGGUACCGAUUCUCCCCUCUCAAGAUGGAGAUUUUCUUCAAGGACGAUGCCAAUAAUGAUCCCCAGUGGUCAGAGGAGCAGCUGUUGGAGGCCCGCUUCUGUCUCGCAGGGCUGGACAUCGGCCGCUGUGAGGUGGACAUUAUGAGCCGAAGCACAGUGGCUAUCUUUGAGAUUCUGGAAAAAGCCUGGGCAACUCAGAACUGCACCCUGGUGGACAUGAAGAUUGAGUUUGGGGUGAACGUGGCGACCAAGGAGAUCAUCCUCGCUGAUGUCAUCGACAACGACUCCUGGAGGCUGUGGCCGGCAGGAGAUCGAAGCCAGCAGAAGGACAAGCAGGUGUACAGGGACCUGAAGGAAGUGACACCUGAGGCCAUGCAGAUGGUGAAGAGGAACUUUGAAUGGGUCGCAGAGAGAGUGGAGCUGCUGCUGGAGCCCCAGUCCCGGGGCAGGGUGGUGGUUCUGAUGGGAUCCACCUCGGACCUGGCCCACUGUGAGAGGAUCCGCUCAGCCUGUGGCGUUUUCGGCAUCCCCUGCGCCCUGAGGGUCACCUCUGCCCACAAGGGGCCCGACGAGACUCUGCGCAUCAAGGCGGAGUAUGAAGGAGAUGGGGUGCCCACCGUGUUCAUCGCUGUGGCAGGACGGAGCAAUGGCCUGGGCCCUGUGUUGUCAGGAAACACAGCCUAUCCCGUCAUCAGCUGCCCCCCACUGACUCCUGACUGGGGCGCCCAGGAUGUGUGGUCCUCCCUUCGCCUGCCAAGCGGUCUGGGCUGCUGCACGGUACUUUCUCCAGAUGCAGCUGCCCAAUUUGCGGCCCAGGUGCUGGGGCUCAGUGACCACCUGGUUUGGGCAAAGCUGCGGGCGUCGAUGCUGAACACCUGGAUCUCCCUCAAACGGGCCGACAAGAAGCUGCAGGGCUGUAGCCUGUGAGAUGCUCAUGGGGGGUAACCGUUCACCCCAAAUGCAAGUUGAGCCUGUAAGGGAUUCCCCCCAACACUGAGGAUUUUAUAGCUGCAAUGUUAGCACAACACAUUCCCCAAAUUAAAGCAUUUUUCAAGUGGAAAA